AUGGCAACAGCUUCCAAAGUCCAACUCUCCCUUGGCGAAUGGCCUGAGUUCUAUAUCAAGGACAUCAAACAGGAGUCUGCAACAAGGACUUCAAAUUUAUUGCAAGAGAACCUUGAAAAACACCACAUAUUCUUCAAUAAUUCCGGCUUCCACAACCAUAUUGCCCAUCAUUUGCUAACAGUCUACUCAUUGGCCGCGACACCCUCGCAAAUCCAAAAGCAUUACGAUGACAAUGUGAGCUAUCAAAGACCACCUCAGCCUGUUGAGUCAGCCAUCAUACAAGGCAUGGAAGACCCUGCAAAGUUCAAGAAGUACUUGGGCAAGGAGCGUUAUUACAACGACUACCUCCGCUUCUUCCAAAGCGAGAUGGACAAGAAAGGUUGGCAGCAAGUCUUGAACGAGUACGUCUUCGCCAGAGAUCAACGAGCAGACGACAUGCUGGUCCGCAUGUUUGCGGGAUUUCUGCAUCCUAUCAUCCAUCUAGGCUUUGGCAUCGAAUUUCGCCAGCCUGCCAUCAUCGCCGAAGGCCUUGCUCAAGCUGCUGUCCAUGAUUCUUGGAUGAAACCUUUGUUUGAGGGUGCUGAGAAAGUCUGUAAAGAGACUUCUGGGCCAUCCAAAAGCAUUGUUGAAUUGCUGGACCAGACACAUGCCGAGAAACGUCUAGCCAAAGCCGCCGAUGUGGAUGGCAAUCGCAUUCGCGAUGGUAUAAUGAAGACCGAAGCACAGACAAUGAUCGACAUCGUCGCCCAAUAUCAUAUCAGCAGCUCUGCAGAGCUCGAAGAGCGCACAGCAGAGAUGACAAAUGCAGCCGCCUACUUCAGUGGUGCUGCACAACGCCGCGACAAGGUAAAAAUGGUUCACGUUCAAAGUUUAGCUCUGUCUACUAACGUAGUCUCAGGUACANNCAAGUUUGACUUCUUCUACAUGCACUGCAUCAACUCUUCCAUCUUCUUCUCUGCCUUUAUCAAGCAAGACUGGCUGAGCGAUGCCAACAAAGUGCGCCUGCUCGAGUGGAAGGUCAGAAAUGAUAUUGCUUUGUAUGCGUCACGGGGUUGCCCAGACCUUCUCAUCGACGAAAUCAUGAAUUAUAAGCCGAGCAAACCAACAUCUACAGCCACCGACCCCUGGCACGAUAUCAUCGAGCGUGUAAAGAACUUUGAAGAUGAUGGACAUGGCUCAAAGCUGGUAAGAGCACUGGCACAUGGUCAGCAGAUCUGCAAACUGUAUGAGAACAAGGAGAACUUCAGGGUCAAAAAUGACAUGUGGUUGCAGCUUGGCCACAUGGCUAUUGACUCCGUCGAGGGCUCUGAACCUACAUGGGUUCGAUCGGCUGGCUUUGACAGUGCUUGGGAGAAGGUAGCAGAUAGGCCUCGUGCGCAGCUAUGA